AUGAAGCUCGUCAGAUCUCCCAUGCCUCUGAGCAUCACGCAGCUUCAAUUGCCGAGCAAUUCAUCACUAACUCGCCCCGCGUCAGGCACCAUCGUCCACGGCACCAUCUCCUCAGUCUCUCCCCAGAUGAACGUCGCCCUUCGCACGGUCAAGAUGACCGCUCGCGGACAGGACCCUCUCGCCCUCGACACGAUGAACAUCCGAGGCUCAACAAUCCGAUACUUUAUCCUCCCCGACUCCCUCCCUCUCGACACCCUGUUAAUCGAUGACGCACCCAAGCCCAAGAACAAGGCACGAAAGGAGACGGACCGAGGAGGUCGUGGAGCCCGCGGUGGUCGUGGCAGAGGAGGACGUGGUCGCGGCCGCGGUCGUGGACGUGGUUAA